AUGGCAACUACUGGUACUCGCCAAGGAAUUAAUCAAAGACGACGCCUACCAAAAUUAACUGCUGCCGAUCCAGUUGGUGGUAGUAGUGAUGAAACACCUCGAACAGUAACAGGCGAUGAAAGCGCUCGACAACGACGUCGAGCUCAACAACGGCUAACUCGCCAACAAACACCAAGUGGAAGUGAAGCGAUUUCACCACCACCAUCGAAAGAACUUCCUUUACCGCCUCGAUCAACUCACAUUGAUGAACGUCAAACGAAUAAACGUCGAAAAGCACGUCGACGUGUCCAAUCAUCAUCACAGUUGGAACAAGAACCAUCACUUCUACAAGGUUUUGAAGAUGACAUCGUUAUUGAGAGACAUCCAAAGUCGAAUGAAGUCAUUUUACCUGAUCUAUUAAUCUCAAGUUCAUAUGCUGGUGGUGCACCAUCGAAAAGUGCUCCGACGCCUCGUAUUUAUUAUGAAAAUAGAAAAACAUUUUCAAGUGAAAGAAAAGAGGCUGCAGAAUUACGGAUAGGCAAUAGAGCCGCACAAUCGCCAUUCAAAUCAGCAUAUGCUGACAGUUAUACAUUUCAACAACAAACAGCAGAAGUUUUAAAACGUUAUACAGUUCGCGUUGCUAAGCAAACUCAUGCAGCUUUGCAAAAACUGUUUCUUUUCAUACAUGGCAUUAACUCUGGUUAUGCAUUAUGGAUAUGUAUAUUUGUUUUUGUAUUUACUCAAAACAAUCCAACAAACUUCUUUACUACCUAUCGAUCAAUUGCAUUGAUUACACAUCUGUUAUUUUAUCUGUUUCUUGCAUUGUGCAUGCUCGAUGUUUUAGAUCGAAUUGAUUUCGGUAAAUGGAAUAAAACUUGUUUAUUACAAUCGCUUACUGCACAAAAUAGUACAGUAGCUUUGUUGUUUUAUGGAAUUGCUAUGAUUGUCAAUUUGGUUAUGAUGCAAACAGAAGAUUACCUACGUAUGACUCAAUAUUCAGGUUCUGGAAAUACAACAUCUUUGUCUCUAGGAGUUAUCGUGGCUGAUUACAGUACAUGGGCAAAUUUAACAGCAGUACGAGCAGCUUUUAUAAUUGCUGGUUGGAUUAUUGUUAGUAUACAUAUUAAAAAUGAUCGAUUAAGAACAAUGAUUCAAAAUACAGAAGAAAAAGCAUUUUAUGAAGAAUUUCAAGCUGGCCAGCACACUGUACCACUUGUCACAGGAGUGUCUUCUCCUUAA